AUGGGAGCGCUGUGUGUGGAGAAGAUUCGCCACCGCUGUACUACUACCGGUGAGACGUUCGAGAACGUCAUGGCCACCGUCAAGGGUUCGGUUAAGCGGAAGACGUUGAAGAACCUGGCCACCUAUGUGCUGAAGAAGCACGUGGACUCGGUGACAGAUGCUGACAUCAUGGGAGCUGUUGAGGCACGCUGCCGUACGCUCAAGAACGAGUUUGUCCCGGAUGUCACAUCUUUGUUUCGCCAGAAGUUAAAGAUGGACCUUUCUAUUGAUGACUGUGACGCGCGGGUGUUCCGCUACUACGAGGAUUUCAAUGGCAUUGUGGAGGACAAUGGACUCCAGGGUACAACAGCGGUUUACCGGAUAUCUCAGGACUACGUUGCUAAGUCCGAUUCCAAGUCGGUGAAGUCAGAUAAAAAGCCCCAGAAGGCAGGAACAGGGAAGCCAGCGGUGACAAAUGCGCCACCAGCUACAGUGGCGCCGCAAGGAGCUCCACGGGCCGCUCGCCCGUCUCGUGCCCCUCCCCAGGAAGGUUGCCUAGUCUGUAAGGGUCCGCAAUGGCUCAGGGACUGCCCUACUGCGACGGAUGCACAGCGUGAGGAUGCGGGGAAGAAGUACCGUGAAGCGAAGGAGCAGUGCUCGGGUGAACUGCGCUCCAAGGCUGCAAGAUUGCUAUACCUGGUGCUACGGUCCGUCUCAAUGGCUUGCUUGAAGUUCCUUACUCUCCCGAUACAGUCCUCGCUAUCUACUACCCCGUUAAGUACGCAUGUGGAUGCCAAGAUGGCUGACGGGCGUUGUGUCCGAUGCAGCGAGGAAGUUCUAUUGGAUCUGGAAUUAGUCACUAUCGCUGGAACGGUUUCGUUGAAGUCUGUGACCUGUGUUGUUCUACCUGGUGACGGCGACGAGUUCUUGCUGGGCCGCGAUGCAUUGAGGACUCUCGGUAUUGACGUUGAAGCUCAGUUGACCCAAUUAGCAGAAGGCCGUAGUGAGCCUGAGAUGAACGCUGCACUCGUCAAUUUGAUGGCGCGUGCAGUGGCCAAUGGGCUUCCAGCAGAGUAUAUUGGUGUAGUGCAGGAAACACUGGCUGAAUAUGCAGACGUCUGGCGAGAGACAAUUGGCCCGGGCCCUCCUGCUCUAGUAGAGCCUCCACGGGUGGCUAUUCAGGACGGCGCAAUUCCGCACCGUAGUGCACCACGCCGAUACGCGCCUCUCCAAGCUCAUGCGGUGGUAACUGUCAUCAAGCCCGGUUCUAGAGACCAGUUCCGGUUGACGAUAGAUUACAGGCCGGUGAACAGCGUGACGGUGCCAAUUGCAGGCUCGAUGCCAACUUCUGCGACAGCUUCGGACGCCUUCGCGGGCAACAAGGUUUUUGCAUCAUUUGAUUUUACACAGGGAUUGUGGCAACUCCCUCUGCACAAAGACAGUCGUGAGAUGUUUCCCUUUAUUACGGAGGACGACGUAUUUACGCCCAAUCGAGUCCUUCAAUGUGCUACGGACUCGGCCUUGCAUUUCCAGGGCGAGAUGCAGAAGGUACUGGCUCCACUUAUUCCCCACUCAGCCCUGGUGUGGAUGGACGAUGUGACGGUGGAUGAGUUCGUCCAAGUCCUCGGGCAGUUCUUCUCACUUGUGGCUGCGGCCAAGCUGAAGCAGAACAUGUUCAAGUCGAAGUUAUUUGAGGUCGAGGUCCUAUGGUGUGGGCGAUUAAUUUCUGGGGCUGGAGUCCGCCAUGAUCCGGCUAGAGUGAGCGCAUUAUCUACACUUCCUUUACCUGCUGCCGAGAAGCUAGCUGCGGAGAAGAAGCGAGUCGGUGGGCGCAGCCGUAACGCACUCAGUGCCGCCACGACCUGGUCGACUGCUGAACAAGCUGCCUAUGAAGCGAUGCUAGCACUGGUUCUUGACUCCGCGCUUAUGGCGUCGCCUAAUCCAGAAGCUGAGCUACUGGUGUUCACUGGUGUAGUCUUACUGCAGCACGAAAUGGACGUCUGUAUGGGCGGCAUGUUCAAGCACAACGAGUUGAAUUGGACGAUCGUGGAAAAGGAAGCUUUUUCUAUAGUGAAGGCCUGUCAAGACUUGGAAUAUCUGCUACUUCGGCCCAAGGGAUUCCGACUUUAUUGUUACCACGCAACUUGGUGUACAUUUUCGCGCCACAUGAUUCCCUCAAGAAGCAUGUGCGUCACAAGCUCCAGCGCUGGGAAUCGCCUCUGUGGCCUCCACUACGUGAUUGAGUACAUUACUGGAGAGGAUAAUCUCUGGGAGGAUAUCGUUUCUAGAUGGCACACUCGUGAGGUGGCUCGUGUAGCUGCCGUCCAGACACGUAGUCGUCAUGCAGCUCCUAUGGCCACUAUUUAUCAGCUUCGCCCGUUGGCAGAUGAUAGAUUUACUUUUCCUACUUUGGACGAGAUUCGUGAGGCGCAGGCUGUGGCUGGACAAGAGCGCACCCGCCUACGAGUCACUCUAGAAAAGAGGGGAGAUGGUACGCUGGUGGUCGACGGACGACCGUGGAUCCCAAACGGGGCUAAAGAGCACCUCGCAAGGCUGUUCGUUGUAGCUCACACUGCCUCACAAGGACAUCGUGGCCAGGAUCCCAUGACUACGUUGUUGCAACAACGCUUCUGGAUUUUCCGCAUCCGCGAGAAAGUGGCGACAUUCAUCCGCGGGUGUUUGCUUUGCAAGCAUGUAAAGGGUCCGCAUUUCAUUCCCCGACCGUAUGGACCAACUUACGUCGCGACGAAGAGAAUCGAGGCGCUACAUUGGGAUUUCCUCUCGCUGGGUAAUGGCUAUGGUGAUACUUCCUACCUCUUGAUUGCUAAAGAUGAGCUCACUCACUAUUGUGAGUUAUUUCCGUGUGUGACACCUACGGCUUUUGUUGCCGCGGAAUCUCUCGCUUUGAGUUGUAACGUAUACAUGGAUACUGGGUUUUUACACCCUUCACGUUGA